GAGCCCAUGUACUAUUUCCUCUGCAUGCUGGCUGUCACCGACCUGGUUCUUACCACAUCUACCCUGCCCAAAAUGCUCUCAAUCUUCUGGUUCAAUUCCAGGGAGAUCAAGUUCAGUGCUUGCCUCACCCAGCUGUUCUUCAUUCACUGGUUUGCAGCUAUUGAGUCUGGGAUAUUGGCCGCCAUGGCGUUGGAUCGGUACGUGGCCAUCUGCCAUCCCCUGAGACAUUCCACCAUCCUGACACACCCUGUGGUGGCCAAGAUUGGCCUGGCUGUGGUGCUGCGCAGUUGCAUGGAGUCCCUGCCUUACCCCUUCCUGGUGAGGCAGUGGUCAUACUGCAAAACCAACAUCAUCGCUCAGCCCUAUUGCACACACAUAAGUGUGGUGAGAUUGGCCUGUGGCGACACCCGCGUCAGUAGUUACUAUGGGCUCUUUGGGUUGUUCUGUGUCUUGGGUCUGGAUGCGAUAUUUAUUGCCGUUUCCUACAUGCAGAUCCUCAGGGCCAUCUUCAGACUCCCCACAAAGGAAGCCUGGCUCAAGACUUUUUUGACCUGUGGCUCACACAUCAGUGUCAUCAUAAUCUUUUAUAUCCCAACGCUUUUCUCCUCCCUCAUGUACCGUUUUGGACAGAACUUUCCCCUGCAUGUCCAUGUUCUCAUUGGCAGCAUGUACCUCUUGCUGCCCCCCAUGCUAAACCCCAUCAUCUACGGGCUGAAGACCAAACAGAUCUCGGGCCGGCUGCUCUGGCUCAUUACCCGGAAAUAG